UUCAUUACCAGAGCCAUGGCUCUGUUCAUUACUAUCCAGUUAAUUCUGGCUGCUUACUGCGCAUGCGCCAAAUCAGGACAUUGGGACUCAGCGGUACACGUUUGGGUGGAACGGGUCCAGUUUCCCUCUUUAAAAAGCUGCAGGAAUCAUGGGAGCCGUGUUCCUGCCAGCAGAUGCCGCGCACUCGGUGCUGCGGAGGCUCCCGAGAGCAAACUUCUUCUUGGAGGAGAUGAAACAAGGGAACAUCCAGAGAGAAUGCAGAGAGGAAAUCUGCAAUUAUGAAGAAGCCAGGGAGGCGUUUGAGAAUGAUGAGAAAACGAGGCGGUUCUGGGAGGAGUACCAGCGUGAGAGCAGCCCCAGGCCUGGCGGACUGGAGUCCAUCGCUGGUGGCGUUCAUUCCCUGUACCUGAUCUUACCGCUGCUACUGGUUUUGCUGCUCAUUGCUGCAGUUUCCAUCACGGUUUGGAGAUGCCACUCACGCAAAAGAUCCCAGCAAAGCCCUGCCAUUGGGCGUCCACAAAGAGACACAACCCUAUCUGUGGUGUCAAUGGACCAGUGGGGUCGGGACUACCAUCCUGACAUCAGUCCUCACUCGGAGAUCAGUGGCCACAGUAGCCCCGCCUACCCCGGCGCAGACCUCACACCUGGGCGGGGCAGCCGGGGUGACCCGCCCCCUUCAUAUGAGGAAGCUGUGGGUCAUACAGAUAUACAGAUUGAAGCAGAGCCUCCACCACAAUAUGAAGACAUCAUCAGUAACCACGGUAGCACGGUUGCCAUCUCCCAGGGAAAGUGACGGAUCUUCCAGGCAAGCCAAUGCAUUUUGAGGCCUCCACCCAUACUGUAAACCCUUAGUGCUAUACUUUUUUACAACUACACUUACUUUCAGUUCCAGCACUAACAAACAGCUAAACCGCUUUACUUGCACUCUUAAAAAUAAAGACAUUUAUGGUUCCACAAAGAACCUUUAACAUCCUCAUUUUCUUCACACUAAGAAAAAAUGGUUCUUUUAAGAACUGUUUGCUGAAAGGUUUUUUUGGCAUUGGUGUGAAAAUCCCCUUUUGGAACCUUUAUUUUUAAGAGUGUAGUAUGAAGAGAAAACAACAAAUGCAAUUUUAUUCCAAUACUGUAAACAUUGGAUUUCAGAUUUCAGAGACGAUUGCAGAACUCAUGACAGCUUGAAUCCUGACCCAAGUCCAAAUCCAAUGACAAUGAAGUACUGUAACAUGAACAACUCACUCCCAUUCUUCUUAGUUAGAUGUUCUGAAUUUCAUAGGACUUACUAAGAAAUGAGCUAAACAUUUUUUCCCAGUUGUGGCCUCUUAUUGGACCAUUUAGAACAAUGAUACUAAAUCAUCAGAUUCAGUGUGGAAAAAAAAAAAUUGCACAAUAUUUUCAGGAAGUGGUAUAUUUUAAUGUUUACUGACAUGCUAAACUUUAAGGUUCAUUGUAACCUUCAGAGAUAACCAUCUCAGUUUAGGCUAUCUCUGUAACCUUUCUAAUUGCAUAGUCGCCUCUAUGCACUGGACUCAGAGAAUCAGUGAAACAUAUUAGGCUGAUUUUGUUUUUCUCUAGUUGAGGUGUUAAACACUGUGUGUUAGAUUUAGUUAACAUGUUGGAAACUUUUCAGCUGAAUUGAUAACCAUUAACAAGGUUUGGUCAAUGUUAUCAGCAACAUUGUUCCAAGCAUAAUUUUACAAAUGCAAUCCUGAUUUUAUGUAGCAUCAUGGUUUCUGAAUAAGCCUAAGUCGACACCAGGGGUCCGUUCUUCGUACGUUGCUAACUCCGUUAGCUGGAUUUGAUUUAUGAUGAUUUGGCAUGAUCUGGGAUCGUUUUAGUUCUUUGACGCUCAUCCUGGACUUGCUGUCGUAGCAACAGGUCCAUGAGCUGGCAUAUUUCAUGUAAACAGGAUUAGAUUGCAUCUAAGUGAAGGUGAUGCUUAAAGUCUGUCCUAGCCACUGCUACUUUCUUACAAGAGUACCCUAAUGUGAACCAGGGACAAUAAUAAUGAUUUAAAAAAUAAAUUUGCAAAUAAUAUUAUAAUGUUGUGUAGUCUACCAUAAUAUAGACACAGCCAGUUUUACUCAUUGAGAGAGUUAUUCGUGAGGGAAUAAUUACCUUAUAAUUUCAUUGGGGUCUUAUACACAUGAUGUAGGUUACAUGCAUCUAUGCCAUGCGCGCAUUAAUUUGAACCGCGACAGCUGUUAAGGGAGUGGCUUGAUGCAGCGCACGAGAUGCAGAUAACUUGAUCUUAACCCUUAAGAAACUUUAAUUAAUGCUGUCCCGUUACAAAUCUGCUUCAAAGGUAAAAUUAAGGUUCCGAGUAUCGAUAAAUCUGCCCUUUUCGAGGAACACAUAGUAAUCUCAGACAAUUUAGUCCAGAUAUUUUAAUCUAAUCCACAAAUUUGUUUAAAGAACUAAAUUAGCCAGAGUUCAGUUAUCACAAAUAGAAGAUCUGGCAUCUGUUAAAUCAUCUCGGAUGUAUUAAGCGAGGUACGAAGAACGGACCCCAAAUCGGUGUGUGUGAAGUUUUGGUUUGCUGUAGGAAAAUAUGAUACUGAGCUAUUGUAUUGUACAAGUGUGGUUUGAGUUUUGUCUUUUCAAUGAAGCCACAUUAAGUUCCAUGGCAAGACAUGGUAGACUAAGUGUCUAUGCAACAGUGCUCUCCUUUCUCUCCAUGUUUUUGGAGCCGUUUACAUGGUCACAGCCUUGUGAAAUUAAUUCUUAUUGUGGCCAAGGAUUAAGCAGGCAUAUUAAGCAUCCCAAGCUGGGAAUACUAGGACAAGCAAGAUAAAUUGUCAACCGUGGAGGUGAUUAAGGAACAAGAAGCAUGCUUUUUGUUUGUUGUGAGCUGUGUGCAGACUUUCUUUUAGAUUUGUUUUAGAGUAUAUAACUUGUGUUUUGUUUCUCUAACCUCUUAGAGAAUGUUAAAAAUAACAGUUAUUGACCAAACUGGUAACUUUUUUUACUUGUUGAAGGUUGAUUUCGCAUUUGAUUUAGCUUUCACACUAUAGUUUUGGGUCUGAAUCGUGGUACGUUUGCAUUAACCACGUGAGCACUAGCAGCUGUUUACCACUUUAAAGAGGGUCCACUUCAAAGCAUAACUCCUUUUUUUUUUUUUUUUUUUUCCCAUGACAAAUGAUUUUUCAGUAACACUUCACUUGUAGCCUUUAUGUAUAAUACAUUAUAAAGGCGUUUGUCUUGUCUUAAUGCAUUAUUUUUUUUAAAUGUGUAACAAUGAAUAGAUAAUGUAUUAUAUAACAGUUGCACUUAUUUAUGAGACCAUAAGGUGCUUUACAUGGCGUAAUGCGUUAAAAUACUUUUUAUUAAUAAUGUGUUAUAUAAAGGCUUCAAGUAAAGUGAAUUUUUUUUUUUUUUUUUUUUUUUUUCCUCUUGAAAAGUUUGACUGUUAAACGAUUUUGGAUAUUUGACACUAGCUUUCAGGUUGGGCUUGUCUGAGUGUUUAACAGCAAGCGGACACCUUUUACCUCAUACCAUUUUCUUCUUGGUUUCAUACUCUGGUUUUCACCUCAGGCCCCAGCUAAACUAAACAAAAACCAAGAGAAUUUCAGAUUAGGAUCAAAUUAUGGGAACAAGCCGUCCCCUGAAAUGAAGAAAAAAAAAAAACUCAAGGAAACAUUCAGUAUUAAAUAUCAGGAAAGUGUGUGUUUAUGGGUGUGAGGGGGAAAAAAAAGAACAUAAUGGAAAACAGUCAUGCAUUUGUAUUUAUUCAGUAACUAUGAGUGAAUGCACUUUUUUUCAGGGCACCAAUCGCUCUUUGUAAAGGAAUAUUAUUUGAUGUGUAAAGGAAUAUUAAUUAAUGGAAACGAUGUGAUAAAUGACUAAAAAAAUAUAUGGCAAGGCUGUUUGGUUUAUCCUCUUGGAUUUGUACAGCUUAUAUUCUCAGUUCAUCGACAUGCUCAGCUGACAUAAAUAUGCAAUAAAAUACAUCACCAGCACUAACUCCAGAAAGCUUUGUGAAAAUCAAAACAGUCUCACUUUGCCUAAAAUGUUUGUUUUCAACGAUAUUGUGAAAUGAGACUGCCGUCACUUGAAAUACAGUCUGAUGAUGUUGCAAGUUCAUUGAUUUUGACAGAUGUUGCUGUAUAUUUGCAGGCUGAUAUUUCUGUGGUAGUUAAGAGUGACUGUGGUGGUGUUUAUUGCUUAAGCCUUACUCAGAGAUAGAUUAAAAAAUGUAUAUAUAAAUGUGUUAAGAACAAAUUUAAUUUUUUGUAAUGAUUGAGCUUGACUUUUUAUUUUUAAUAAAAGUUUUUUGGCCCUCA